AGUUCACAUAUUUUGUCGCACUGUAUCGAAGAUAGCUAACCUACCCUUUAAUUUCGUAACUUUAUGCAAACUAAAAUUCGAUUAAAUUAUUUUGCGAGAUAUUUUAACACAUUUUUUGGGACUUGUGUAUGCAAUGUGCGCCAAAGUUCGGUCUAUCGCUAAAAUACAGCCAGUAAAAAGAUUUUCUCCAACGGCCUACAGUAAUAAAAGCACUGAUAGCUCACUACAAUCCAAUCGCAAAAUCUUAAUUCAUCAGACCACUAUACACCGACGUCAAACUAGAAACCAAUCUGAUUCGAAGAAGCUGAUAAGUUGCGUCGCAAAGGAAUCGGUGAACUUACAAAACACCAAGAAAUUGUCCAUUUCCCAAAUACUACCGCAACAAAAUGUUGAAUCAGAGGCCGGCACUCUAUCAAACAAUGUGGUCGAUACAGAUGACGAUUGUGAGAUUGAUUACCUUGUAAGACCACCAUCAGUGGGGCCAAGUGACUCAAAUGAGGAAACUGACGGCGAUGAAACUGAUGACAGCACCAAAAAUCAAAGUGACCGGGCAUUAAUUGCGAACAAUUGCAAGAACUGACCAAAAUCAAUGGGCACUCAGACAUGGACACAGGCUGUGAUGCGAAAAACACAUCCGGAUUAGAAAACACAUCCAAUCUGGUUAUUCUGCAGUCAACAUUCAGCAUUCAAAUACGAGGAAAUGGUUUUUUUCUAUUUACAUAAAUAUGUACAUAUAUGAAUCGUUUUAUUGUCUCAAUUCAGUUUGGUGCGUGAAAUUAUGCAACAACAACAAAGACAGGAUUUUCGAAUGCAGUUCACUACUUUGGAAUGUCUACAGGACGCAUCUGAGCAGAUUCUCAUUCAAUACAUCGAAGACAUCAAUUUCUUUUCAGAUUCUCCACAAACAUUGGUCGGAGCACGAAUGAAAUUCAUGGUUAUGAAUUACUAUUUGAAUUUCAUGCAAAACAACGAAUGAACCAAACCAAACAAAACCCAUCUUACGACAAUUCAGUAAAAUAGAUACGAACAUAUUGUGUGAAAAAAUCAUUCAUCUAUAUUCAAAUAUGUCAUUAUUCAUUUAUAUAUUUUGCAUUACUUUGUAAUUGCAAAAAAUGCAUCACAAUGCAAGCUUUGGUGGCUUUUUAGCUGGCCAUUACUUCAAAUUAACAAAUUCAUUCUAAGGAGAAUGAAAUGUAGAAAAAUGAGAAAUAUUUUGCUUAUGUUGAGUUUCAUUCAAAAUGUUAUUGUUUUUGAUCUUGGCGCUUUAACAGGUCAUUAAUGCGCAGUUUCUUUGCUAGAUGGCGUACGGUACUCAUUGCCAAGUUGAUUCGGAGGGAAAUAAUAUUGAUAUAACCAUAAAGAAGUUCAAACUGACUUUCGUUAGCGCCAUUCCCACAGUGUGUUGCGAACAGUAUUUUGUUGCUAUUCACAAGGAAAAAACAUGAUCGUGUCAUAAAGGAAAUGAAGAAACUACAAGCCAGCACAAUGUUGCUGAUUCCAAAGUUACCAUUCCAACGUUUGGUACGUGAAGUUCUGCAGCAAUACAGAUACGACCCUCUACAUGCCGAAUACCCACGUAUACGGCGAUACGCGAUUGAUUUUCGUAUGCAAUCAAGUACAUUAGUAUGUCUACAGGAAGCAGCCGAAAGUUAUUUGGUGCAACUAUUCGAAGGCUGCUAUUUAUGCUGCAACCAUCGUUCUCGUGUCACAUUGACAGAAAAAGAUGUCAAUCUUGUUCUCUUGCUACGCGGUUCGAUUUAUUUCAUCAAAUCCAUUUGCAUUUUUAUGACUCUUUUUGACUCUGGAGCAUAGUUGUGCUAUGCACAGGAGCGCCGACCCCGAAAGCGCAGACCCAGAAAUUAAAAUGAUUAAUUUUGGAAUUGAGUAUGGGUAAUUCCAAAAGUGAAGACCUAAAAAAAGAUCCCCUAUUUUGAGAUUUCAAUCAGUAAAAUUUUCCAUGUAUGGAUAAUCUGGCAAAAUUUGUGC